AAAUAUCGUGUGAAGAAGGUUCUAUGGAGCUACUUCGUUGUUUCAAACGUCAUUCGUGAUUUCAUUCCAGUGAAGUAAAGGUGUUCCUAUAAUCGCGUGUCCACAAAUUGUUGGAUCGUUGUUUCUGGAAAUUGACGUCUUCGUUAACUGAGUGUUUUAUUGGAUUUGUAACGUGCUCACGCUAUCAAGAUGGUGAAGGAGACUACUUACUAUGACAUUCUGGGUGUUAAGCCCACCUGCACAUCAGAUGAGCUUAAAAAGGCAUACAGAAAAUUGGCACUGAAAUACCACCCAGAUAAGAAUCCUAAUGAGGGAGAAAGGUUCAAGCAGAUCUCACAGGCUUAUGAGGUCCUGUCAAAUCCUGACAAGAGGAAGAUUUAUGAUCAAGGCGGUGAACAAGCACUCAAGGAGGGAGGUGUGGACGCCAGUGGUUUCUCGUCACCAAUGGAUCUGUUCAACAUGUUCUUCGGCGGCGGCUUCAGCGGUGGCAGCCGGCGCGGCCGCGAGCGGAAGGGCAAAGACGUCAUCCACCAGCUGUCAGUCACUUUAGAGGAGUUGUACAAGGGUGCGGUCAGAAAGCUGGCAUUGCAGAAGAAUGUUAUUUGCGAGAAGUGCGAGGGAUGGGGUGGCAAGAAGGGCGCAAUACAGACGUGUACCGCCUGCCGUGGCACAGGCAUGCAGGUGCAGAUCCAACAGCUCGGCCCUGGCAUGAUCCAGCAGAUACAGACGGUGUGCAGCGAGUGCCGUGGCCAAAGGGAGAUCAUUGAUCCCAAGGAUCGGUGUAAAGUUUGCCAGGGUCGCAGAACGGUCCGCGACCGCAAGAUACUGGACGUGCACGUGGACAAGGGCAUGACGGACGGGCAGAAGAUCGUUUUCAGCGGCGAGGGGGACCAGGAGCCGGACAUGGAGCCGGGAGACCUGAUCAUUGUGCUCGAUGAGAAGGAGCAUGAGGUGUUCAAACGUACGGGCAACGAUCUGAUAGUGCGACUGAAUAUCGAGCUGGUCGAGGCUCUGUGCGGCUUCCAGAAGGUGAUCAGGACCUUGGAUGAUAGGGACAUUGUGAUCACCGUCAUGCCCGGGGAGGUCACUAAGCAUGGGGAACUGAAGUGUGUACUUAACGAAGGCAUGCCAAUGUACAAGAAUCCCUUCGACAAGGGCCAGCUGAUCAUUCAAUUCCUCGUUAACUUCCCGGCCCGCAUUCCGCCUGAGGUCAUUCCAGCGCUGGAGAACUGCCUGCCACCUAGACCUAGGGUGGACAUACCCGAGCUAGCUGAAGAGUGUCAGCUGAUGGAGCUGGACCCCGAGCAGGAGUGGCGGCGCCGGCGGCAGCACCGCAACGCGUACGACGAGGACGACGACCAGCCCGGCAUGAACCGCGUGCAGUGCGCCACCAGCUAACUUGUCCGUACAUGUGCUAGUGUGCUCGGGGGUCUAGCUGGACUGGUCGCUGUGACCGGCUAGUUGGAACCCUGCGCGCGUGGGGUUCUAGCUCGACUGGUCGCUGUGACCGGCUAGUUAGAACCCUAUGUGUAGAGUAGUGUGGGGAAUGGGGGGGGGGUCUUGUUGGAUUGGUUACUGUCACCUUCAGUUUGAUAGUGCUAAAUGUAAAACGCGUGCAGUGAACCACUUGUCUGUGCAUUAGGUGCUGUGGCGGUGGUCUAGCUGGACUGGUUGGUGUGAUCGGCUAGUUAAAUUCUUGUGUGUAGUGUGUGGAGCACGGGGAGGUCUUGUUGGAUUUUCGACCAGCCACAUGGACUCUCUGUGCCUGUUUCUGCGUGCGAUGUGAGAUUCUCAUUGGAUUGGUUAAGGUAACCUUCAAGAACAUUUUGUACAUAUGUGUAUGAAUUUGUAAUGUAACUGAUCUGCGGAGGCUAACUCGUAACUUGUUGCUGGACCACAGUAUGCGUAGUAUUUGACAUGUGAGAUCUUGUUAUAAUGGUAAUAAAUUGGUUAAUAGGAAGAAACUGUUCAUACAACAUGCAAAGGUGACAAUAAUAAUGUUUCCUAUAUAUACCAUUAUUAUGUUUAAAUAUAUGAUCAUGACUUGGUGGAUAUCAUAUAUAGCUUUGUAUGUAUUAAAUUCUAGUGUCACAAUGUUCGUUUUCUAUACACCUCGAAACUGCUGGAAAAUUCUCAUAGAAUUUUGUGUACUUAUCGGGUAGGUCUGAAAACUGGUCAACAUCUAUUUUUCAUACCCCUCAAUGAUGUGUAGCAUUCACCAGAUCUGCUAGUAAACUUAUAAAUAUUAUAAUAAUGAUAUAUUGAGGCUUGUGAUCACAAAUUAUUUUGUUACUAAAUGUAAUAUUAUAGCCAACUUCUGGAUAUGUUAAAUCUGUAAAUGAUGUAUGAAAAUAUGUAAUGAGUGUCAAAUAGACUAUCAGCAACUUAUCACCAAGUUGUGACAUUUAAUCUAACUGAAGGUGAAUAACCAAUCUAGUAAUACAAAUAGCCUAUUACUGUGCUACUAUCUUACGUUAUUGGACCUAUGCCACAAGAAUUUCAUUUAAUAUUUCACUUUGAAAAUAUCUCGAGAAAAGUUAUUGAUUGCUGUACUUCUGUAUAUAUUAAAGAAAAUUAUGAAUUGACGGCCCUGGUUUUCUUUCUAUGAAAUUCGCUGUAGUUUGUAAUCUUUUAAAUUUUUCUAAAAUCUCUUUAGACACUUUAUGUUUCAUAAUCUACAAGUUUGUGUCAGAAUUAUCAUUAUAUACAAUAUAAAAAGGUAUGUUUUAAUCAGAUACAUUUACUUAACCAUCACUGUAUUGAAAUAUCAAUAAUUUUACCGAAAUUUAGCACUAAAUAUUUAAUUAGGUGCCUAUAGGUGACUGAAUGAAGGGUAAUUCCAAAAAGAUGAGGUUUGUCGUCGUUCUUUAUUAUAAUAUAUGAAUGUUAUUAAAAGUUAUUCUUUAAAUUUUCAUUAUAUUCUAUAUUAUAUUGAAAUGAAGUGAUCUGACAUUAAAAUUUUUAAAUUGCCUUACAAUUAUAGUCACCAUAGAGCACUAUAUUUAUUAUAAGUAGUUUAAUUGUUACAGUAGAAUAGUUUGCUUCCAGAUACUAACAUAUUUAUGGUCCAUUACGUAGUAUGCACAUGAUCAUUCGAAAUUCUGUGAUUAUUUUUCUAUAUUAGGAUAUUUAAGUUAUUUUGAUUUGUUGUAAACCAAAUGCAUGGUUAUGAUUAACCUGAUUUAUUUUGCAUAUGUCAGUGGAAAGGUGUGCGUAUAAAAUUAUAUUGCAUUCUUUCAGUUUAAUGCGUUUUUCUAUAUAAAUAUAUGACUAACGUGACAAUAGUUGGAAGUUUUAUUUUUAUUUAAGCUGUGUUAUACAUUUUAUAUUGAGGAAAGUUAUUAUUUUGUCAUAAUUGCAUGCACUUGGUUUACACCAAAUACGACUGGAUAGCUGUGUUUGUAAAAAUAUUUUACAAUUGAUAGAACAAUUAUUUUUACAAACACAAUGACAAUAGUACAUUUUGCCCUAGCAAAGUAUUAAAAUAGUCAAAUGACUUAAUUUGGUGACUGUUAGCAGCUCAUUCAAAAAGGGCCUCGUAGAAUGGAUUUUGUGUAACUGCUUCAAAUUUGUUGUAAUUUAAAUAAACUCUUAUCUCAAUCA